UGCGGCGAUUUCUCCGUUUUCUGGACUCCACACCAACUCUUCUUCUUGAUAUUCUUCAGCCAGAAAGUCAUCUUCAUCUGAUUUACUGAGUCGCUGAAUCACCGAGGGUUUUUAAAAGCAAGCAUCAUCAUGGUGAACUGCUGUGGUCUCGUGACUGAAAAAAACGAACCAGUUCCUCUGAAGAGCAUCUCGGUGGAGCUGCAGGUUCAGGAUCACGUGGCGUCUGUCCGCUCCUGUCUGCAGUAUGUGAAUGAGGAGCAGCGUCCGCUGGAGGCCGUGUUCGUCUUCCCGCUGCCCGCCGACGCCGCCGUCUGCCACUUCAGCGCCAGGAUCGGAGAGCAGGAGAUCAGGGCCGAGCUGCAGGACCGACAGAGCGCGCGGGAUCAGUAUGAUGAUGCUGUGAGCUCGGGGCAGCAGGCGUUUCUGCUGGAAGAGAGCGAGGAGAGUUCAGAUGUGUUCAGACUGAGUGUGGGCUGUUUGUCUCCGGGUCAGAACGCCUCCAUCAGCAUCGUCUACAUCAUCGAGCUCAGCAUCCAGGCCGAUCACGCGCUGCGCUUCUGUCUGCCGGCUGUACUCAACCCACGAUACACACCAGCAGCUUCAGCGGCUGGAGUUCCAGAAGUUUCCUCCGCAUCUGUUAUUCCUUACACUCUGUCUCUGAGUGUUGAAGUGAGAUCUUCAGACUGCAUCUCCAGACUCGAGUCCAGCUGCGCUCUGGAUCCUCUGGAGUUCCUCGACGCGCAGCACACUCACGCCACGGUGAAUCUGAGUGCUGGUCACCGGUUUGAGAAGGAUGUGGAGCUGUUUCUGUAUUAUGAGAAUUCCCAUCAGCCCUCUGCUGUAGUUGAGGCAGCAGCGUCUGCGGCUCAGUCAGGGUCUCUGAUGGGCGACCCGGCGCUCAUGAUCAGUCUGUACCCAGAGUUUCCUGCGGAUGUGAUGUCAUCACUGGCGUCUCAGGGCGAGUUCAUUUUUGUGGUUGACAGAUCAGGCAGUAUGGACUGCAAGAUGCAUCAUGGGAAUGACGCACAGAUGCGCAUCGAAAGUGCAAGAGACACUCUGCUGCUGCUGCUGAAGAGUUUGCCCAUGGGAUGCUACUUCAACAUCUAUGGAUUCGGAUCUCACUUUGAGUCCUUCUUUCCUCAGAGUGUUGUGUACAGCGAGGACACGAUGGAAGAGGCUCUGAAGAGAGUAAAGAGCAUGAGCGCAGACAUGGGCGGCACAGAGAUCCUACAGCCUCUGAAACACAUCUACAGUCAGCCCUGUUACCCAGAUCACCCUCGACAGCUGUUCAUCUUCACUGAUGGAGAGGUGUGGAACACUAAGGAAGUGCUGGAUCUGGUGAAGAGUCACGUUUACUCUCACAGGUGCUUCUCCUUCGGGAUCGGUGAGGGUGCGAGUACGGCUCUCAUCACAGGAAUGGCCAGAGAAGGUUCUGGUCACGCUCAGUUCAUCACAGGCACUGACCGCAUGCAGCCCAAAGUGAUGCAGUCGCUCAGGUUUGCUCUCCAGCCGGCCGUGGAUAAUAUCUCUGUGGACUGGACCGUUCCUGAAGGCGUGACGGUGGACAUGCUGUCCCCACCCAUCAAUACUCUGUUCCAGGGUCAGAGGGCGCUCAUCUACGCUCAGAUUAAAGGACAGAGUUCAGGACAGACAGAAGGAGCUGUAAUGGUGAAAUACAGGCUGAAAGAUCAACCGGUGACUAACCAGCUUCAAUUUACUCUUAAACCAACGGAAGACACAGGGCUGACGAUCCACCGGCUGGCGGCCCGGUAUGUGAUCCGCUCUCUGGAGCUGGAGGAACGAGCCGGAGGAGCAGACGCAGAGAACAUCAGGAGAAGGAUUGUGGAGCUCAGCGUUCAUGCCGGAGUGAGCAGCGUUCAUACAGCCUUCAUCGGCGUUAAUAAAGACAGCAAACAGACUGUGAAAGGACCACUGCUGCAGAGGAGAGUGCCAGUAGCACAUAUGAUGCCUGCAUUUUUUGGUGCUCCUAUGGGAUCGUGCGUAGUGGGGGCUGCCAAAAGGAAGAAAUGUUCUGCAAGGACAAUGGCUCCCCAAAUGGCAUUUGGUUCUCUAAUGUUAUGUGCCAGACGAUCGACCAGCACGAGGAUUGAAUGUGACUCCAUGUCAUAUGAGGAAGAAGCUGAGCCCCAGAAGGACCCUUUGCUCCAGCUGGUCUCUCUUCAGAAGGCCGCUGGAUGCUGGGAGCUCAACGCCUCAUUGGCUGCUGUGUUUGGGAAGACCGAGGACGAGGUGACCAAUCAGAAAGCAGCACAGGUGGACGGGUCAGUGUGGGCCACCGUCCUCGCUCUCAUCUGGUUAUAUGCGUUUAAAUCAGAUCAGCAGGAUGAGUGGCAGUUUGUGGCCAUGAAGGCGGCGUCAUGGAUCCGCUCUCAGAAACGUCUGUGUGUGUGUGUUUCAGCGGAUGGCCUGUCUCAGUGUGUGUGUGAUGGGAACGUUCUCUUGGGAUGUCAGGUGACUGAAGACAUGCUGGGAAUCUGAAGACUGCAAAUCCUGUGUUCUGAGAAGACAAAAUAUCUCAUAAACAUUUGUGUUGUUUCUGGUAUAGGAUAUAAACAUUUUGUAUAAGUGGCAGAGGGAUUUUUAGUAUAUGUAAGCUUUAAAGGACCUGUCCCAAAAUUCAUGUUGUUCUUCUAAAUAAGAUUUUAGAAUUACAUAAUCUUGCGGUUCUGAAUUCACUACUAUUAUUUCUAU